AUGAAUGCUUGUUCGCAAGUGUUGCCUGGCCUCGAUUUUGGUGAUGAUUGCGUCGCGCUAAUCAAUGAGGUUUCGCUUCAUCAAAUGAAAAUUUCGCGCGCUAAAAUCGUCGAGCAGCUCGAGUUAACGUUGAAGGAGAUGCGCGAAACCAUUCCACCGGCCCUCUUCCACAGCAAAUUGGCCGUGGCGGUGCACGAGGAGCUGUUGGUUGGCGCGAUGAACGAUGUGGCCGACGCGAUGGCCACUUAUUCCAGCGUUGGCGACGAGAUGCGCUUUGUAUCCCCGAUGCUACUGCUGACGAUCGCCAUGUUCCUGCACCACAUUGCUGGCAAGAGCGCCCAGUAUCUGAUGCGACUCUGCGAGGAACAGUUUCUGCUCGUGGAGAAGAAGCGCAAAGAUCUGACGCACACGGACACCGUCGUUGCCGCUCUACGAGAUGCUGCCCAAGGUGUCAUCAAGCGAUUCGUUGACGCCAAGGUUCGAGAUUUUGACCAGCUACUCGCCUCCAUUCUGAACGACGGCCGGAAGGAGGUCAAGGCUUCCCGGACACCAAGGCAAACGGACCCCUUCCAGCGCGACACGCUGUGGAGCGAACGUGUGGAUUUUCAUGAACAAAUCGCGUUCACGCGUGGCUCAAUCAUUGCCGGGAUGGUCAAGGUGUUCCUGAAGGUCUUCAUCGAAGCCAUCCGCACGCAGACAUUCGGAGCGAUGCUUAGGCUUGCAGUAAAUUUUGCGCUAGCUCCGGUGUCGUGUGGAGCUUCUACGGCUCCUUGGAACUCGCCGACAGGAGAAUAUCCUAUGUGCGUCGACAGAAAUGAAAAACCCAUCUGCGACUUUGACAAGAGACGGGUUGUCCGUUCCUUGGGGAAGGCCAACAAGAACAAGAUCAUGCUGGAUGCGCUCCAAGCCCUCAACAUGCUUUCGGCACGAUUGGGGGACAACAAAUAUUUUUAUGGAGAUAAGCCCACCUCCCUUGACGCGCUGGUUUUUGGAUAUCUGGCAGUCUUGCUUCGAGUCCCGCUCCCAAAUGAUCGGCUUCAAGUCCACCUCUCAGCGUGCCCGAAUUUGGUCCGUUUUGUCGAGUUGGUCACCUCCAUCUACCUGCCGUUGAACGAGGAACAAAUUGCGAAUUACAAGGCCACUCAAUCAUUUUGGCUGACUCGGGUCGCCAAGGCCGUUAGCCAGAAAAAGGCGGAGACGGGGCAGCCGAAAGAAGAGGACGGCGAGGAUCUGCCAAUUAGGGAUGCUCUUCUUUUUGGACUCGGUGCGUUGACGCUCUCUCUAUUGUUUGCCGUCCAUUCGGGAAUUAUCGAAAUACAGAUGAAGGGGCUGAUCGUGCUGGCCCUGGUGGCCCUUUGUGUUUACGCCGAGGAGCAGGGCAAGCUCCAGAUCGGGAUCAAGAAGCGCGUCGAAAAUUGCGAGGUGAAGAGCCGAAAGGGCGAUCUGCUCCACAUGCACUACGUCGGCACGCUGCUCGAUGGGACCGAGUUCGACUCUUCUCGCGGCCGCAACCAGGAGUUCACCUUCACCCUCGGGCAGGGGCAAGUCAUCAAGGGCUGGGACCAGGGCCUCUUGAACAUGUGUGAGGGCGAACAGCGUCGUCUCACCAUCCCGUCCCACUUGGCCUACGGAGACCGUGGAGCCCCACCAAAGAUCCCGCCGGGUGCCACUCUUCGCUUUGACGUCGAGCUGAUGAAGAUCGAGCGCAAGGAGGCCGAGCUU